CUUCCGCGGUUGAUCGCCAUUACCCAGUUGUCUAAUUUGAUCAUCUUUCUCUGCCAUGUCAGAGAAAGCUCUUAAAGCACUUAACACAGUGCCUGGAUUGGAAGGGAACAGUGAAAGUUCUUGUAAAGGGGAUCUUAGUAAACAAGGUAUAGGAACUGCUAAUGGGAAUGUUGAAGAAUUGAAGAUUAAAAGCUCUGCUUCUAUCAGACCUCAAGUAAAUGGUGAAAAUAGUAAUCCUGGUGCUGAGAUUGGUAGUUCAGAAGUAGAAUACAUUGAAUCUGAGAAUUUGGCUGAUCUAGAAGAUGUUUCGUCAAGCCUUAAGGUGCUCUUAGCUGGACUAGACUCCAAAGACUGGGUUUUGGUCUGUGAAGCACUGAACAAUACGAGAAGACUAGCAAUAUAUCACAGGGAAGACAUGCUUGAUAUGCUGGGAGAUGUGAUUUCACUUUUGGUGAAAUCAAUGAAAAAUCCUAGAAGUGCUGUAUGUAAAACUGCACUUAUGACAACUGCAGACAUUUUCAGUGCUUAUAAUGACAAGAUGAUUGAAUCAUUAGAUCCCAUGCUGGUGCAGCUUCUUCUGAAGUCUUCCCAAGACAAACGUUUCGUGUGCGAAGCGGCUGAGAAAGCUUUGGUAGCAAUGACUUCUUCGUUUUCCCCUGGUUUAUUGCUACCAAAACUGGAACCAUAUCUUAAGAAUCGAAACCCACGAAUUCGAGCCAAGGCUUCAAUGUGCUUCUGUCGAAGUGUUCCACGACUGGGUGUUGAAGGGAUAAGAGCAUAUGGGAUUGACAAAUUGAUCCGAACAGCGGCAUCCCAGCUUAGUGACCAGCUUCCUGAGUCAAGGGAGGCAGCUCGAAUCCUCCUUUUGGAGCUGCAAUCUGUGUACGAGAAGUUUCCCGACCUCCCAACUGCGACACCUGAAGAUCCAGAGAAGGGCUCUUGGGAAGAUUUUUGUCAGUCAGAGCUGUCCCCUUUAAGUGCACAAGCUGUCCUUCGUGUCACGAAUGUUGCCCGGGAAGGUAUUGUUUCGAGUUCUUGAUGCCUAGUAAUGUUGAUAAUAUUGAAACUUCAAAAUGUACCCCAUCGUCCUCGAACCUCGAGCUUUUAGCUGCUAGCGUAUAGGCCAUGAUAGCUAUUAUUCUUUCUUUUCCUUCUGGGUUGCUCUGUCAGAUUUCCUUGUAAAUUCUUUGAAACUUUUGAGGUACUGACAAUACGUUUGAAGCGUGUAGUUUUUGCUAUUUCUGCUUAUAGCUUAUAGUAAGUGCAAUAUUCUUUCA